AUGUCUGCGAAUCACACAGUGGAGACAAGUCCAUUCUUAGUCGUAGGAGUGGACUUCGGAACGACUUACACUGGCGUGGCCUACACCUUCUCCAACGAUCCCGAUCUCAGAUCUGUCACAGUCAUCCACCGAUGGCCUGGCGCUGGAAAUCAGACUCGGCCAAAAGUUCCGACCGAGAUAAGUUACGGUCCAUCAGAUAAGAAGAGAUGGGGUUGGCAACUUCGACCAGGAUCACCACGCUAUGGUGGGUUCAAGCUCUUGCUUGACCCUGGAGCGGGUAGUCGGGCAUAUAACGAUGAACAUUUAGCUCUGACCCUGGAUCCUGGAAACCAAUCUACGCAAUUAUUUCUCCAUCCGGGGAAAUCUGCCACUGACAUGGUUUCCGACUACCUGCGAUUGGUCCACAAGGAAGUCAUGGAAUCUUUGCAAAGGCGAUUUCCUAACACUCUGAACGACCUGAAAAUCAAGUUUGUCAUCACCACACCAGCAAUGUGGAGUCCUGCUGCUCAGCACAACACAAUGAUAGCGGCCAGAGCAGCUGGCUUUGGGAGCCGUCCACAGGACAUCAUUGAGUCCGUUACGGAGCCGGAGGCAGCAGCUUCGUACGUUCUUAGGGAAUUCAACUCGCUCUCAGUCGGGAAACAAGUCAUUGUGUGUGACGCUGGAGGAGGCACAGUGGAUCUAGUUUCCUAUGAAAUUGACCAGGUCAAACCGUAUCUACGGGUCUCAGAGACCACACGUCCUCGAGGCGGUCUAUGUGGAGCAAACUCUCUUGACCAGCGUUUUCUUCAACUCGUGCGGCAGCGACUUGGUCAGCAAGCCCAUCUUUUAGAUGGAGCUCGUUCGGGAAGAGGCAGCCGACUGAUGCUUUCCUUCGACGAUGCGAAACGGAAUUUUGGUUCGAACGACCUGGAAGAUGAAGAAUUGAUCGAACAUGGUAUACAAGGUCUGUCUCAUGACUCCAACAGAAUCGAUCGGGAGUACAUCACUUUGUCGCAUGGGGAAAUGAAAUCUAUCUUUGAUCCUGUAGUGGAUACAAUUCUAGCUCUUAUAGAAGACGUCUUGCGGGGGGCCAGACAAAACAAGCCCGACAAGCCUCUAGUGGGUAUAAUUCUCGUCGGCGGGUUUGGAGAGUCAGUGUAUCUUUACAAGCGUCUCAACACUUGGGCCGAAGCCCAGGACCCGGAACUAUUUGUCGCUAGUCCAAAGAACUCAUGGGCAGCUAUCGCCCAAGGUGCCGUUUGCUAUGGGCUGGAAGGCAUUGUUCAUCGUCGAAUCCUACCUUGCCACUGGGGAGUUGAGCUUGCGCACCGUUACAAGGAAGGAAUCCAUGAUCCUACUUACAACUUUCAAGAUGACUGGGAAGGAACUAUAUACAACGAGGAUACGAUAACCUGGUUUGCCAAGAUGGGUGACGUUUCUGAUCGGAAGAAUCGAAUCACGGUGCCCUGGGAAUGUGCUACCUAUGAUAGGCAUAAGAAAGCUUCCUUAAGGCUUCGGACCUGUCAGUACGACGAGCCGCCAGGGAGUCGGCGCGAUUCAAGGGCUCUUCACGCCCCUUUCAUUACUAUCGACCUUUCUACCCUUCCGUCAGAUGCAUUCAGCGAGAAAAAGGUGGGGGGGUUUCUUGGGAUUGGCAGUAAAACCUGCUACCAAGCCAAGUUCACACUGGAAAUGGUUGUCGGGUCGGCUACUUUCAAAUUUGAAAUUCGCCAGAAUGGCGCGCUACUUGCGACUAGGCAUGUAGAUCCGAAGUUUGUUGGGGAGUCUCAUUGA